GGCGUUCUCAGCUCCAGGCUAAGUAAGUCCUUCAAGCUUUCUACUCUUAUGUCUCUGGUUAUCUGGACAAGGAAAUCAGUCACCGCAUCCCACUAAGUCACAGAAUAGCGCAGGGUCUUCUCCAGGUAAGGCACAAACUACAUAAUCGCGCUUCGGCAGUUAGUCUGCUCCUGCAAAUACUGGCUAACAAGUAGUUACAUUCCCUGCCUUGGUGACAUGAUGGCUGGGCCUUGGCAUGCGCCUUUUCCCUUGGGACCCCGAAAUGAGCGAUUGGCCGUGGGCAGACCAUCAAGUCGUACAGUAUAAGUAUGUACUGUGUACACAAAUGAGUUCGCGCCUCGCGUGUAUAAAACAAGGCUCGCUGUUUGCCUAUUUCCGUGUGUCUCAUCGCUGUAUUGCCAUCUAGAUACGCGAUUCCAGUGUCGCAAGCUCACAUGGCACCAUUCACGCUUGUGAUGGGGAUCCUAUCCCUCUGUAUUUCCUGCAUUGAUAUCGGUGCAGCUGCACAAUCCGGGUACACUGUCGUGGAGCAGCUCAGAAAUGUGCCCGACGGCUGGAUAAAGCGCGAUGCAGCACCGGCGUCCGAAUUGGUCAGAUUUCGGCUGGCUAUGAACCAGGAAAGAGCCGCUGAGUUCGAGCGAAGGGUCAUUGACAUGUCGACACCGAGUCACUCGAGCUAUGGACAACAUAUGAAGCGUGAUGAUGUCAGGGAAUUCCUGCGUCCUUCCGAGGAGGUCUCAGACAAGGUCCUUUCCUGGCUGAGAUCAGAGAAUGUUCCUGCUGGCUCGAUUGAAAGUCAUGGCAGCUGGAUCACUUUCACUGUCCCGGUAUCACAGGCGGAACGUAUGCUAAGAACGCGCUUCUAUGCCUUCCACCACGUGGAGACAAGUACGACGCAAGUCAGAACGCUUGCGUAUUCCGUUCCCGAUGACGUCCACCGUUAUAUUCAGAUGAUCCAACCAACGACCCGCUUUGGACAACCUGUCCGGCAUGAACGACAACCACUUUUCCAGGGAACUGUUGCUAGCCUGGAAGAGCUGGCGGCGAAUUGCUCCGCAACCAUAACGCCGAACUGCCUUCGCGAAUUGUACGGGAUCUAUGAUACCAGAGCCGGACCCGACCCGCGCAACAGAUUGGGAGUUUCCGGAUUCCUAGAUCAGUACGCACGCUAUGACGACUUUGAGAAUUUCAUGAGGUUGUACGCACCCAAUAGGACAGACGUCAACUUCACCGUAGUCUCGAUAAAUGACGGUCUCAAUCUGCAGGACUCGUCCCUGAGCAGUACCGAAGCCAGCCUAGACGUCCAAUAUGCCUACUCUUUGGCGUAUAAAGCGCUUGGAACCUACUAUACAACGGGAGGCCGAGGACCAGUUGUGCCUGAGGACGGUCAGGAUACGAACGUGUCGACCAAUGAGCCUUACUUGGAUCAACUUCAUUACUUUCUUGAUCUUCCAGAUGAAGAACUUCCCGCCGUUCUUUCAACCUCGUAUGGCGAAGAUGAGCAAAGCGUCCCUGAAUCAUACUCAAACGCAACUUGCAAUCUCUUCGCACAGCUUGGCGCACGCGGUGUGUCGAUCAUCUUCAGCAGCGGUGACUCAGGCGUUGGUUCAACAUGCAUCACAAACGAUGGAACCAACAGAACCCGAUUCUUGCCUGUCUUCCCAGCGUCCUGUCCAUUUGUUACUGCUGUUGGCGGUACCUACGAUGUCCAACCCGAGAAAGCAAUCAGCUUCUCUAGCGGAGGCUUCUCAGAUCGCUUCCCACGUCCCUCGUAUCAGGAGUCAAGCGUUCAAGGCUACCUAGAGCAGCUUGGAAGCAGAUGGAACGGGUUAUACAACCCCAGCGGGAGAGGUUUCCCUGACGUCGCCGCUCAGGCCACUAACUUUGUCGUCAUUGAUCACGGGCAAACGCUGAGAGUAGGCGGCACAAGGUCCGUCGUUAAAAUGAGUGUCGCUCUUAGAAACUUCGCGCUAACCAUUGUUGUAGUGCAUCUGCGCCUGUAUUUGCAGCCAUCGUCUCCCGGUUAAAUGCUGCCCGACUGGAGGAUGGUCUGCCAAAACUGGGAUUCCUAAAUCCAUGGCUCUAUUCCCUCAACCAGACAGGAUUCACAGAUAUUGUUGAUGGUGGCUCAUCGGGUUGCUAUAUUGGCAGUAGCAACGAACAACUGGUUCCCAAUGCAAGCUGGAACGCAACGCCAGGAUGGGAUCCGGUUACCGGGCUUGGAACGCCCUUUUAUAAUACUCUGGUGAAACUAGCCACGAGCGUUUCAAGUACCCCAUGAGAUCAAGAAGGAGAAAUAGAAGGCAAUCUAAUAUUCUAAUAAGUUAGUAUAGCAUUUUUCCUUACACC